CCUGCCCCUGCCCCAAAGCAGAGUUGCGUGCGUGUCAUGUAGGCAAAUAUUUCCCCUCACGCUAUUCACGUCCGACUCUCCGCAUAUUCAGCUUAGCAGGCCGCGGCAAGGAGAGGAAAACGUUUCUUGUCUCAAAAUCGAUAUCCAUGGAGUCUUCUCCUAUUGACUCGUCCUCUGCAGCAUCCUCUGCGCUGUCCUCUCCGACUUUUUCUCCUCCUCACUCCGACAGCGAUCACCAGCCGAGAACACUUACAGUAACACAAUUGGAGCAGUUCAAGGUGGAAGAAAAGGUUGCCGAAAUCUACCGUGUCCUUUUUGGUGCAACCGCUCAUACACAAACCCUCAUGCUUGAACUUUGGCGUGACAAUCAUAUUGAAUUCUUGACAAGAGGACUUAAUCAAUUGGGGCCAACCUACCAUGUCUUAGAUGCGAAUCGACCUUGGUUGUGCUACUGGAUUAUUCAUUCUAUAGCUUUAUUGGGGGAAUCUCUUGGUACAGAACUUGAGAAUAAUACUGUGGACUUUUUAUCUCGGUGCAAGGACAUAAAUGGUGGAUAUGGCGGUGGACCUGGCCAGUUGCCUCAUCUUGCAACAACAUAUGCUGCAGUGAACACACUUGUUACUCUGGGAAGUGAUACAGCUCUUCUUUCAAUGAACAGAGAGGCAGUGCACAAGUUUUUGAUGCAAAUGAAAGAUUCUUGUGGAGCUUUCAGAAUGCACCAUACUGGGGAAAUGGACGUUCGAGCAUGCUAUACUGCAAUAUCUGUUGCAAGUAUAUUAAACAUUUUGGAUUUCGAACUUGUAAAAGGUGUUGGAGAUUACAUUCUAAGAUGCCAAACAUAUGAAGGUGGUAUUGCUGGAGAACCGGGUUCUGAAGCUCAUGGUGGGUACACAUUUUGUGGAUUAGCAGCAAUGAUUCUUAUAAACGAGGUGGAUAGGUUGGACUUGACCAGUUUGAUUGAUUGGGUUGCUUUUCGUCAUGGAUUGGAAUGUGGGUUUCAAGGACGAACUAACAAGUUGGUUGAUGGCUGCUAUUCUUUUUGGCAAGGAGGAUCUCUUUUUUUAAUUCAAAAAUUAUUUUCAAUUGCUGAAAACCAAAUUAAAUCGCCGCGGGCAAGCAGAGAAUGGCUAUUCAAAGAAGAAAAUGUGGAUUCUAUUUCUUGUACAGGGUCUAAGCCUGUUGAAAAUCCAUGCCAAGUUCAUUAUUUUAAUGGCGAAGAUGCAGGGCAGCGAUCUGAUAUUGGCUUUGAAUUUAUUAGGACUCUAAAUGGUGGACCUCUCUUCCACAACAUUGCUCUUCAGCAAUAUAUACUCCUUUGUUCCCAGGUGAUUGAUUAUGGUUUUUAA